UUAUUAUUAUUAUUAUUAUUAUUAUGGGGUCUAUGGGGGAGCAGAAUUUCCAGUCCGGCGUUGCUCUUCUUCCUUGUCCAACGCUCAGCGGAGAACUAUAAUAUUUCUUUCCCGAGAUGCUGCAGUGAUUUUUAGUUAUAGGAAAUCAGGCGAACAAAAUAAUCCGAAUAACACGAACCAUUUGUUAUCCUGUGAGAGCGAACGCAGCCUAGGCACAGAUGAUGGCAAAAAAUUCCAUGGAAGGGUCUAAAGAAGACCUGAGCAAAAUUACGGAAGAGGAGAUGCUGAGAUGGAGCAAGGAAGAGCUGGUGAAAAGACUGAGGAAAGUGGAGAAUGAAAAGAUGAACUUAAUGGUGGAACACGGCAACUUGAUGAAAGACGUGAACCGGCGGCUGCAGCUCCACCUGCACGAGAUCCGCGGGCUGAAGGAGGUGAACCAGAAGUUGCAGGACGACAACCAGGAGCUCCGGGAGCUCUGCUGCUUCUUGGACGACGACCGGCAAAAAGGCAAGAAGCUGUCAAGGGAAUGGCAGCGCUUCGGGAGGCACACGGCCAGCGUGAUGUGGAAGGAGGUGGGCAUGUACCAGCAGAAGCUGAAGGACCUGGAGGCGCGGCAGGAGACCCUCCUUCGGGAGAACGUGGAGCUGAAGGAAAUGGUGCUGAUGCUGGACGAGGAGCGGAGCGGGGCCGGCUCGCGGAGCUCCAUCGACAGCCAGGCCAGCCUGACCAACCUGAACGGCGGCUCGGCCACCAGGGACGUGGGGGACGGGAGCAGCACCUCCAGCACGGGCAGCGCGGGCAGCCCCGACCACCAUCACCACCACCUCCACCACCACAAGGCCGGCGACAGCAAGGCCGGGGCCAUGCGGAGGUCUAUGGAUGACCUGUCGGCGCCCCUUCACCACCGGAGCAUCCCGAACGGCCUCAAUGAUUCAUCUUCCAACUAUAUCAGGCAACUUGAAACAAAAGUGAAGCUGCUGGAGGAUGACAACAAGCUCCUUUCCCAGCAGUCCAGCACGGGGGACCUGCGGACCCUGAGGAAAGGAUUGUCCCCGUACCACUCUGAGUCCCAGCUCUCCUCACUGCCACAGUACCAGGACGCCCUGCAGAACGGACCAGCUCGCAUGGCAUCUGACCUUGCGCCUUCCCCUGCAGCAGGGUAUGUCCCCGUGGGGCAGAAGCCAGAGGCUGUGGUGCAUGCUAUGAAGGUCCUUGAGGUCCAUGAAAAUUUGGACAGGCAAAUGCAAGACAACUAUGAAGAAGACCUAAGUGAAAAGGAGAAGGCAAUUGUUCGUGAAAUGUGCAAUGUUGUCUGGCGAAAGCUGGGUGAUGCUGCGAGCUCCAAACCCUCCAUCAGGCAACAUCUGUCAGGAAACCAGUUCAAGGGUCCCUUGUAGGAACACUGUCCUGGCAACUGGAAGUGAUGGAUUCUGUGAAGACUAAAGAGGCAGAGCUCAGUGUUUCUGGCUGCCUGUUCUUUGGGAGUUGGGGUUGAGGUUUUUCAGGGUUUCUUUGUUUCUUUUUUUUUUUUUUUCCAACUUUUUUUUUUUUUU